AUUGCAAGCAGUGCUGCGGUGCAACUGGUAGUCUCCGGUUUUCCCUUCCGCUCCACUUUCCAUCCUCCCGAGAGAGAUAGAGAGAGAAGGAAGGAAGACAGGGAGGGAGAGAAGCGGUAGGCAAAUAAAACGGACUCCCAUCUCCUCUUCGUCCUCUUUUAUCGCGUUCUCUGUAUAUCUCUCUCGCCCUUUUUCUGAGGACCCGAGGCACGGUUUGACUGUUGGGGGAAGUGGUGAGCGAGCGGCGGAGCAGCAUCGCCAUCAUUCCUUUUGCUGCCCGCAAGCCCCGCGCCCCCUGGCCUCCUCCGCCAUCGGUCCCUCGCGCUUCGUGCUUUUUUAGCCGUCGCUGAGAGAGAGAGAGAGAGAUCGAUCUACCAUGGCGAAGAAGUUGGAGGAUGCAGAGUUUUGGCUGCCAGCCGAGAUUCUCGGCGGGGACGACGAGCUCUUUCUCGUUAAGGGCGCCGGCGAUGGGAAGGUGGCAAGUUUCUCUGCGUCUGGCUUCCCUAGUGAGUUGUCUUUCGGCUUCGCCGCGAAUCUGGACUCGCCGGUGGAGUCCGUAACCGACGACGAAGAGGAGGAUUACAUGGCCGGGCUUACCAAGCAGAUGGCUCAUUACUUUCUGCAGGACGAUGACAAGGAGGCCGAGGUGGCCACAGGAGCGGCGGACAACUCGAAGGCCAUGGCCGGCUCACCUCAGUCCACGCUUUGUGCGUGGUCGGCUUCCUCCAACAGAGGGAGCCCGAAUGGACCCUCGCUUGUGUCGUCGCCGCCAACGUUGUCACCACUGGAACAGAGGGGAAAGGCGGAAAACCCUCGUGAUCUGCUCCACGAGGCAGCGGGGCAGGUGAUGCGUCUUCGUCUCGAUGAACUCGGUCAUCAGGGGAGCUUGUAUGAACGUGGGAUUCUCCGCUCGCAUAUGACUCCACCGAUUGCCACUGCUCCGACGAAAGUUGGGGUCGAAUUUUUUACUCCAAAUCCUGUUCUCAGCCGGCAAGAGAUACAAACAGCUCAUUUUUACCACUUGAAGAGGCAACAAGAGAUAAAGCAGCAGUCGUCGGCGUCGGCGUCGGCGUGGGCGAAGCAGACCAAAGCCAAAUCUACCAUUAGUGGCGGACGGUACGGCGAAAAUCUCAACUGCCGCCCCUUGGAUCUCCCCGCCUCGGCGUGGCCGCCCUUAGGAAAGCCACCUACUCAACCGCAACAGCCACCGGCCUUUGCGGGCUCCGGCAUGCGUGCCGUCUUCCUCCACACCGCAGGAGCCCGAAAGGAGUCCGCCGGCACUGGAGUCUUUCUUCCGCGCACCGCCGGAAACAAAUUCGAACCGAAGAAAAAGUCAGGCUGUUCCACCGUUUUGGUGCCCGACAGAGUGGUACAGGCGUUGAAUCUGAACCUCGACGAAUUCGCAGCUCAACCACGGUUCCCCGGUGGCUUUGUUCUCAGCCAUGAAGCUCUCAUUGGGCGGAGCAGCGUCGUGCCGUCCCAUCACAAGAAGCCCCACCCCAAGCUCAGCACGCUGCCGCCGACCGGGCCAGCAUUUCCAGCAGCACCAACAUCAGUCGCUCACGAGACAGGCCUCCCUCAGGAGUGGACCUACUGACCCCGUCCGCCCCCACUAACAUCAUACUUACCGCAGCGUAGCAGUGGUUGCUUUAGCGAUUAGCGUAACUCCAGUAGAAGCAAACGCCAAAAGUAUUCCAGUUAGGUUUAUUGAUAUUGUAUUUUUUUGACGGCGCCGGUGGUUGCGGUGGUGGUUGCGGUUCCAGCAGGGUACAGUGAUGGUGUGCAAUAAACCCAUGGUCGUGUUGUUUUGGGUGAAGAAUUACGGUAGAAAACAAAAUGCGUCAAAAUAAGAACAUCUCCAAGCAAGUCUCUUCUCUGCCUGCCUUGGUACUUUGGCUCAUCAAACCCAUCUUAAUUGUGUCUCUGCAGCCUAUUCAAUGCACUCCAGGCGCAGAGCACGAGAACAUGGGCUUGAAAUAAGGACGACUCUCCUUUUUUUCUAGCACUCUCUUUUUGUCCCAGUAUUAUUUGUUUUGUAAUCCGUUUUGUCUAUAAAUGAAAUAUUCUGUGGUUUUGCA